AUUCCCAGCACCAUACCAUCGCUCGAGCCGCUCGAGAGCGAUGUGACUCCCGUUAUCACGCCAACACCUCCUGGCGAGGAUGCUUCGAAGCCACCUGUAAAUGUCUGGCACUCAACCGGUGAGAAUCGCCAGUCCGAUGGCCACUAUAAUGUAAAUACCGAGGAGUAUCCGGAUUUGGGAAAGCGUCUGAAGAGGGCCAAGCAAGCGACGCCGCCGCUGCCGAAUUUAGAGGACUUGGGUUCACGCUUUCGCGGUCGUCGCGAACCGCCGGUGCUGGCCAACUUUCUGCCAGAGGCAGUGCGUCCGCCAUCGCCAACGGCAUCGGUGGACAAGCAGCAGUCGGUGGCCAAAUGGCUGGGUUCAGUGCGCCCGGGCGACAAUCAAAAGAUCACUUUGCUGCGAAAAGAUUCUGCCCAGCGGGAUCAGCGAAAUCAGGAGGAGAACAAGGUGCUGCCUGGUCAGCAGAAUAAGCCAGGCCAGAGUGCAGACAAGGCUUCAGUUAGUCCCUCAAAGGAGCAGCAGAAAACUGCGGGUAAUCCUUUCAGGCAGCAGCAAAAGACUCAGGGAAAAUCAGCUGGUAAUACUGGAAAACCUCCUGGCAAACGCCUUCAGGAACAGCAGAUGACUCCAGUCAGUCCAGCGAAGCAAUCGAGGAAGUCUCCAGGCGAAAAGAGUCCUGUAAAGUCUUCGCAACAUCAGAGGAGUCCUGUCAAGCAGCAGGAGCAGCCGAAGCAACCAAAGAGUCCAGCAAAGACAGCUCAGAAGGAAAGCCAAUCCUCGAUGCCAGUUGAAAGGGUUCCUGUUCCUAAAGAGGAUAAUGAUGAGGACGUGGUGCCGCCGUCGCCAAACUGCCAGAGCGACAGGCGAUUUCCGCGACCCAACAACAGCAACCAGCGGCUGCAAUCCUCGCCGGAGGAGCGUCAGCUGGCCAAGCGCAGCCUGCUGAACUCGAAUGCCGAGGAGUUUCGUCCCCGGGAGCAGCGGGAGUCAGGCGGAGAAUCGAAUGAGCCACCAGAGCUUCUGGAGCAGCAGUCAGAUGCCCAAGUCUUUCGCCGCAAACCCAGAUUGAGCCGAAGACGGCGUCUCCAGCGAUAUCUGCGCUCCCUGAAUGCGGACGGAGCUGCUCUGCCCAGCCGGACAUCGAGUGUGGGACUGCUGCCGACGCCCGUGAUGCCAUCCAACUGCUACUACAGUGCCCCGCCUGUGGCUCCUCCACCGCCGCCGCCUCCACCGCCGCCUCCUCCGCCGCCUCCCGCAGUUCCAAUUUGCUCCAUCCAAGCGCAUAUGCCGCCUGAAACCAUCAAGGUGAACCCCGGCUGCAAUCCGCCGCCGCCGUUUAUCUACUACAAUCCGCAGUCGGGGAAUAUAUACAACCACCCGGCGCCAUCGCAAAUUCCCAUCGAGAUCCAGAGCAUCCAGGCCGCGCAGUCGGUUUUUCGGCUUGCCAGCCUCCCCUGCACUGGUGUGGGCACCCCCAGCACGGAUUUGUCUACCGACUGGUCUCCCAGCCAGCUCCUCCUCCCGUCCAGUAUUUCCGGCCCGAGCCAGUGCCAGUUGUCCCAUACGCUCAGUUCGCCAGCGUUGUUAGAGCAGCACAGCCAGGAGCAGUCAAGUUUUCGCCAGGACGAGGACCUGUUGUACAGCAGGCCGCUGUUGGAUUUGGACCGAGAGGAUACCCUGUCGGAGGAGCAGGAAUCGGAAUCGCAGGAUUCCCAGGAGUCGCAGGAGCAUUCGCUCGUCGACGCGCCAGACGCCGCUAUCGUCGUUGAUGAGCCGACAGAGCGUCACAAGUUAUUCCGGGCGCCCAAUCAGGAGCAUCCCAAGCCCGAUUUGAACUGCGUGCCGCUGAGCAUCAAGAAGCUGCAUCAUCUGAUCUCGUCGCAGUACUCGGACUACUCCUUUGUCUACGCUUUGUGUGCCCAGCUCAGCCAGGAGUGCGUGCCCAUGGAUUGCUAUGUGUACCUCAAGAUGGUGCUGCUGGCCAGCAUCGUUUCGAUCGAAACGGAGGAGGUGCGUCCACCGAUCUCGCUGUGCAUCAUCGCCACCGACGGCCUGAUGGCCCAGCGCCUGAUGAGCCACGUGGGCCAGCUGGCGCCGCGCUUCCUGGGCGCCCACGACUACGGACUGCAGCCGACUUUUAGUGCCCUGCCCACGCGCUUCAACUGGGUGGUGGCCAGUCCGCUGCUGUUGGCCCAGCAGGGUGUCUACUAUGCCGGCGACUGGACGCGACUGGCCAGGGAGCAGGGCGCCCAGCUGGAGAAGUGCCUCGAGAACGGAGCGGUGCCCGUGCCGCAGCUGCAGAUCGAUCAGCCCCUCGAGGCGGCCGUCUGGACGCACUGGCAGCCCGACAACUCCAGCAAUCAGACGCAGGUCCUGGCCAAAUUGUGCCCGAUCUUUGGCCUGCCCAUUUAUAUGGGCGAUCAGGUGAGCGACAGCCUCUGGAACUUUCUGAUCAACCAGCAUACCGCCGAGGGACAGAAUAUGCCAAACGAUGGCCUCAACAUUCCCGACGAGGACAUGCGCAUGCUCAUCCAUCUGCUGCACCAGCGCAAGAUCAUCUUCAGCGAUAAAGCUCAGCACAUGCUGCAAAAGUACUAUGUGAUCUCCAGAAAGGAGCGACCAACCGUCUUCUCCAGCAAGACGUACAUUGUGAUGAAGCAGUUCGCCGAGUCCUUUGCCAAGCUGGCCUUGCGUUUGGAGGUCCUCGAGUCGGACGUCUGCGUGGCGAUCUUCCACUGCGAGCACUUCGUGCAGCGCAUCUUCGGCGCCAAGGAUCAGCUGGCUCCGCCGGCGGUGGUCACCUUCAGCGUGAUCUCGCGCAUCGAUCCGUAUAUGAAUGAGUUCGCCCGCUGGCUGCUGCAGUAUCUGGAUCGCUACGAGGACGAGGAACUGGGCCUGCAGGCGGCCAAACGGCGACGCACGGACAGCUGGGGAAUGCCCUAAAUUAACUCGCCAUUGAUUUAGCACCACUCUUGGGUUUAUAACCAGCCAAAACAACGCUCUCUGGAACACUUUGAAUACGUUUUGUAGUUUUAUAUAGAAAGAUAGAUGAAUUUACAACAAUUGCGCUUGUAAACAAAAUCGCCCCUGGGGCCGAGACAAUACUACUACCUCCAAUGGAUUCACUAUUUACGUAUCACAAACAGCGCCUCAAAAUGAAACGUUCUAAAUUUGUAAACAUCGAAUUUUCCACACCUUCCACUUGAUUCAUUCGGUAUAUGUUUUGUGUAUAUCGCCUGGCGAUCGCGGAUAGCUCUUAAAGUUCCUAUGCGCGAUAAUCAAGAGCCAUCGUUUCAAUAAUCUUCUAACGGAUUGUUAAUCCCUGUUAAUCAUCAACCAUAUUUUGCUAUCUUUCGGAGGCUUGAAAAAUUUUCAAAAUUGUUUUUGGUACAAAUAUUAAAAUUAAAUGUGUGGCCAGGAGUA